AUGUCCAUCAUAAGUAGCAGCAGCAGCAGGAGCAGCAGCAGCAGCGGCGGCCGUGGCGGCGGCGACGGCGCGCCCUCGCAGGGCGACUUGGUCGUCCAACUGUGUCUGGCGGGCGCGCCCCCCAGGAGGCUCGACGCGCUGCUCAGCAAGGACGGCAGCUUGCCCACGGCGUCGUGGCGUCAGCAGGAGGCCGUUGACUGCGGCGCGUCGGAGCAGUCGCUGCAGCUGGCGUCGCAGCUCGCGGGCGCCCUCGACGCCGCGCUCGCGCCUGAAAACGGCGGCGGUACCGGCAGCGGCGGUCGUGGCGGCGGCGCGGACGGCGUGUCGAUUAUCCUUGCGCUGCUGCAUUCGCAGCUGCCGUUUGUGCUGCAGGCGCUCGCGCUGCUACGGCCGGUGCUGUUGCGGCGAGACCCGCCUCUCGAGGCCCGGUGCGUCGCGCGCGAGGCGCCGGUGCUGCAGCAGCCAAAGGCACGGCGCGGGGUGCGAGUGAUCGCAGAGGUGUUGUUCUGUCCUGCUGUGGCACACAGCGAAGAGUAA